AUGCUGACGACCUUAUGUCGCUUGCUGAUGGGUUCGUCCCAGACGCGACAGAACGGGAUAGAACCACUUCGCAGGGAUUUCUGGAAUGACUACACCUACCAUCUGCUGGAAGAGGUGCGGGAAAAGUCUAUGUACUACUAUUCGCGUGUGAGAAGAAAGGCCUGGGUAUUGAUCGGAAUCUUGGCCGCGCUGGUUAUUAUGUACCUUGCUACCGUCACCGUCACUUUCCAGCGACCAUGCAUCAUCCGUGACGGACACUCCUGUGACCACCCUGUUAUUCGACUUGCCAAAAAUGCUCAGAAAUCGUUUAACACGACCCGAGACGCUCAAUCCCAGUCUCUCGAUGAAGCUGUUGCCGAAUACCGCCGGCGUUACCAGAUGCCGCCGCCUCCCUAUUUUGAUAAAUGGUACGAGUUCGUGACGGAGCGCCAGACGAUGAUGAUCGACGAGUUCCACAAUAUAUAUCAUGCCAUUCUUCCCUUCUGGGGCCUCGCUCCGAGCACGAUCCGCGCGCGCGCCCGAGAGGACUUAGGACGCCCAAACGUCCUGAUGGAGGUAACUAUUCAUCAUGGUCUGCCAAUUUACAAGAAUGGCGGCCAAGGCAAUUUCCAGGAAGAUGGGACCAUCGAGUCGCUACGAAAAUUUGCGUAG